AUGAAUGAGGAUAAAAAAGUAUUCUUCAGAAAUGCCAAAAGAUUUCGUCACUUGGCCUACCCGCUUGGCGUCUUCCACCGGAGCCCGGCAGACCAGGUCCACCAACUUGCUCAUCCUCUCUUCGAGUCGCGACAACCUGAGGCGUACAGUCGGCCUCGUCGCCCCCCAUCGCUUCAUCAUGUCGCCAACAGAGAGCACACAACGCACCGGCGUCCGGUGCCUCGGAGAGCCGACUUUCUGUCCGGCGGGUCUCGAAGUGUCGAGUCCGCGGGAGGCCGAUUCGCUCGCUUUCUUCCCGUCCUCACACGCCGGACUCCUUCGCUCCGCACUGGACGACGCAGGCGGUCGGUUGCUCUGCGAACAGACGAUGCCGGCCUCUAUUCCGAUGCUGUCUCCGGGGCGACUGGUGCCACCGGAACGUGUGCUCGAUUCCGCCCGCCUCGAGGCAGAGUCCCGCUUCGGGUUAAGCAAAACGUCUGCUCCCAUCGGAAGCCCAUCAAGAGGCUGUCGGCACGUCGUGAUCUCGCUCCUGCAAGCGCCGAGCGCCUCCAACAAGCCGCGAUGCUCCUCGACCAGUCGGCAAAUCUCGGCUCUAACUUCACUGCCCUGCACGCCCCGAUUGAAGUAGUGACUUGA